GUAGUAAAGCCACAUGGUGAAUUACAAUUUUCACAUGUAUACAUAUAAUUAGUCGAUGCCGUGCCAACCACUGAAGAAUGUCUCCAGCUUUUCCUAAUUGAAUGAUAGUCCACGAUUCCUCUAACAUCCCCCCCUUAAUUUUUAUUUAUUUUUUAAAAUCUAACCAAACUGAAUAAUUACUAAAUUUACUACUAUUAUUAUACUUUUAUUUGUUUCAGUCAUUUGACUGCGGCCACGCUGGAGCACCGCGUAUUGUUUUCAUUUGUAAACAAGGCGUAAUUAAAAAGAAAGAAAAAAAAAAAGAAAGAAAGAAAGAAAGAAACGGUCGACAGAUAUCAGAGUCACUCAACAUGGCGUCGAGCGGGUUUCCUAAACUUAAGCGGCGAAUAUUUUGUAAUAAUACUGAUUGAACAUCUCAGGUUUAACAUCUGCAAUUAUGGAUGUGAUCCUUCUCUUGCUUAUUCUUCAUCUUAUUCCAUCUCGUAACGGUGUUGCUUGUCUUCCUUCGCAGAAUCUUUGUGCCGACGUUACAGAUUGUACUAUAAUAGACUCCACAAAGCCUUUUAUUUCCAUCCAAAAUGAAUAUGCAGACGCAGAGAAGACUUGGAUAUUUUGUUAUCCUGGAGAAAAGCGAAAUAUUUAUAAACUCUGGAUGUCACCAAUGUUGAAAUUGAAUAUCAACGAUGAGUAUUCAGUGAGUUAUGGUGAUAAUGCUUUGGAAACUGAAGCAAGUGCCUCUUCAUUUAGUUUCAACAUAAUACGUAACAAAUUGUUUCAAAACAAAGAAAUUUCUUUGCGUCCUUUUAAUUCAACUUGUGUGCGAAUCAGUACAACAAAUGAUUUUUCUGUACAACUGAGAACAAAAGGGAUUGAAAUAUGGCUAAUCAUCACCUUUGGACUUGGAAUCCUGAUGUUUAUCAAUGCAAACAACUGGAGUCAAAAUUCUUCAUUUCAUUAUCUGAUGGGAACUGUACUUGGAAUUAUUUUUUCUGUGCUGAUUAUAUUAUUCUUCAUGAGUCGGAUGAUUUCAAAGAAAGUCGUUACAGCUGCUUUUCUUCUGUCCGGAAUAUCUGGAAUAUUUUACACACUUCAUUGGUUCUACCAGAAUAUGUUCCUGUUGACCAAAGAGUACUGGAUUUCUCUUCUAGUUUACCUCACAGUAACUGGUGUACUAUCAUUCUUUUUAUCCUAUCGAUUUGGACCAGUCACUGAUAUCCGAUCAAAAAAAAUUCUCUGCUGGAUUAUACAAAGUAUUGGCUUAUUUUUAGUAUUUCAUGGAACUCAACUCACCGAAGUGUCCUCUGCUGCUAUUAUUAUUAUUCUUGCUGUUUAUAAUCGACCACAGUGUAUUGACAAUUUCUACAAACGCUUUAAGUAUAAAUAUUUCCCACGAAAACACAGAUUUUUAACAGAAGAAGAAUACAUUACUCAAGGAGCCAUAGAAACAAAGAAUGCCUUGGAAAAUCUCAGGGUGUAUUGCCUCAGUCCUGAUUGUGACCAUUGGAAAGUAGUCAACAAACUUACUUCUCCUAAAAGAUUUACUAGUUUCAUUUUAGGGGAUUCCCACAUUACCGAUGAGGAGUUGUUACACUAUAAUACAGAUACAGGAGCACUAGAACAAAGCUCUGAUGACAGUCUGGUCGGUCAAGGAUCAGGAUCAGAUAUUGAGCUGAACUGGGAUGAGUCUUUCUAAAGUACCUCAACUUUUUUUUACUAAGUUUAUGAAUUAUUUUGCUGCUGGGUAAUUUGAGCUUUUCUCAUUCUUUUCCAAAAUAAGAGAAAACAAACAAAAAAAUUGUAUAUACAUAAAAGACUUGUAUUCAUUCAAUGAUUUUUUUUCUUGUACAGUAUGUUACUGAUAAUUUCCACUUGUAAUAUAUAUUAUCGAUCAAAUAUGUUUUUUUGUGUAGACCAUUUUAAUGUUUCAAAUUUUCUGAAUCAAAAAUAAUUUUACAAAAAUAUAAAAUUUUGCUUUUCAAUAAUU